AUGGCAUGCAAUGCCACAAAUGUCGAUGCAAAGAACUGUGUUCCACCGAAUAAAGUGAAUCCCAAGGAUUGCUGUCACUUCCCACGUCCUGUCGAUGAUGACCAUUUCCACAAAUGCGUUGAAGAAUUCGGUAAGCAAUCCCGCAGGAAUCUGGAAGCUAUUGAGUCCGGUGGUCCCGAGAGAGGAUGCUGCGUCUCUGAGUGUAUCGUGAACUCUACGGGAGCUGUUACUGAUGGAAAGAUCGAUGUGAGUAAGGUGAAGGAGAUGAUGAAGGAGGCAGCAGGAGACGUUCAUGAAUGGGAAGCAGUAGUUGACCAAACUGCAGAGAAAUGCUUAGCAGAGUUGGACACCAAAACCGAGGAAUUUGAGAAGAUCAUGUCCCUUCCACCCCUUAAUCCAGAUGACAGACAAUGUCACCCCAAGUAUGGCUAUCUCAUGGGAUGCUUCAUGAAAGAACUGUACCAGAAUUGCCCAGAAAGUGUCUUUAAAAGUGACAAUCCCGAAUGCGAAGAGCUCAAAGGAUACCUCAAUGAUUGUCCAUACCCUAAGAAGAAGCUCGAAUUAACCGAAGAGGAAUAA